CCAGAGAAAAUUAUAGCCUCGGGAUAAGAUCAAGAAGACCGAUAUAAAGUGGAAAAUACUUAACAGGAAGAAACUGCCUCGGAUAUAACUUCAUUGAAAAACAAAACUGAAACCUCAGUCAUCCUGAUACAAGCCUGUCGGCAACACUGCGGAAAUAAAUCCAAUGGCCCAGUCAAUAAAUACAAACUCGUCAACGAACAACAGCGAAACUUCUGGUGAUUCGAACGUACGUUCUUCAGUAAGCCUCGAGGAAAAAGUUUGUCUAAUCCUCCUCUAUACUAUUAUUUUACUGCUGGCUAUCGUAGGAAACACGUUAGUCAUAAUCACUUUAGCCAUUAACAAGAGAAUGAGAACAGUAACCAACGUGUUCCUGAUGAACCUGGCCAUCAGCGAUCUGCUUCUUGGUGUCUUCUGCAUGCCCUUCACUUUAGCCGGAGCUCUGCUUCGAGAGUUUAUCUUCGGAGAAGCCAUGUGUCGGCUGAUACCCUACUUCCAAGCUGUUUCUGUUAGCGUCAGUGCUUGGACGUUGGUGGCCAUGUCAGUAGAACGCUAUUAUGCCAUUUGUCACCCUCUAAAGUCACGAGAAUGGCAGACCUUGUCCCACGCCAAUCGGAUGAUUUUAGUAGUGUGGGCGGGUUCACUACUUUGUAUGUUGCCUGUUUCGGUGUUGAGUGAACUACAGCCUAUUAGAGACAGUGACAAAUACAAAUGCCGAGAGAGCUGGCCCACUGUCACUGCUGAAAGGCUUUUUAACAUACUGCUAGACGCGCUCCUUCUGGUUGUGCCUCUGUUUAUCAUGGUGGUUACUUAUUCCCUCAUCACCGCCACCUUGUGGAAAACUAUGUGGCCACACAUUAAAUUUGAACAAGGUGAUGCAAAUGAAACUUCAAUCAGAAGUCGGAAAAGCUCAGAUCGAAAGGUUCCACACAACAUCCUCGUCAGAGUUAAUCUCAAUUCGCCAUCUUCGUCCAGCUCCGUCCUGACUACUGACGUCCGAAGGACGGAUAUCAGCUCUGUUCAGACUGUAACCAACAUGGACAGGUCACUCUCACAAAAGAAACGAGUCAUUAAAAUGUUGUUCGUGGUUGUCUUGGAAUUUUUUCUUUGCUGGACACCGAUUUACGUCCUUAAUACUAUUACCCUCUUUGAUCCUGUCGCCAUCUAUCAGGGUCUUGGGUACUACGGUAUCUCUUUUUUCCACCUACUGGCCUACACGUCAUCCUGUUGUAAUCCAAUCACCUAUUGUUUCAUGAAUUCCAAAUUUCGGGGAAGCUUUAUGGCCCUGUUUGGCUACAAAAGCAAGGAAUGGAAAUUUCGUUCCGAUGGCAGUUUAUCAGCGACUCUCAGGUGUGCGGCGAAAUUAAAAGUAUGAAAAAAAAAGCUAUUCCUUUGUAUUGAUACUCCAGCUUGUGAACUUGGUAUAUCGUU